GUUUUUUUAAUUUGUGAUGUCUGUAAGACGUAGAAGUUCUCAGUCUAGCUUAGACAGACGAAAAAAUGCCAGUCAUAGUCAUCGAAGUAGUCGACGUACAAGCUACGAAAAUGAAGAUUAUUUGACCGAAGUGAGGAAACUAGGCUUGUGUUAUGUGAAACCGGAACUUCGUAGUCCAUCUACAGAUUCUAAGAGUCAAAAAUCUAGACUGGGUAUCGAUGUUAGUCGGACAAACUCUGAAGAUUCUGUUGUUCACCUGAAUUCUGUUGAACAACAACUACAGUAUGUGAAGACAUUAGACAAACCGACAGACGAUCAAGAGCCUAUCCAAACGCCUGAUGUUUGCAAAGGCAAAAGACCUUCAGAGGGAAUUCCAUCCCAUAAAGAAGGCAUCGUGAAAGAGAAAGAUGAUGAGAAAAGACCACGACACUCUUCAACAAAACCAAGACCUUCUGAAGGUGAGAAUAAGCUCAGAAAGUCGAGCGAAUUCAAAGCACAAACAUUCACGGAUAUAAUAUCUAAAGUCGGAGAAACUCCGCAGAGGGAAACCUCUCAGACACACAGAAAAUCUAGCCAACCAAGACCGAAGACAUCACUAGGACCACCAAAAGUUGGUGAACCCCCGCCAAUCGAUACAGAUAUGGUGGUGAAACCAAGAAAAUCUAAACAGACAACUAGGGAAGACAAAAUUUUCCCAACUGAGGCGUCUAAGGAAGACAAAAUGUUGGCUAAAUUAGAGCCAAAAUCACCUUUAGAGGAGAAGAAAAUCAAAGAGAAAGAGAUACUCCCUAAAGAGUCACCAAAAGUCCCUACUUUACAACAAAUACCGUCGACUAAAUCUGAGAGUAAAGUCACGUCAAGCGAACAAAAACCAAUUCAUCAUGUCAUCGCAGAUAAGAAACGUACUCCAGACAUGAGUAAAAAGUCUUCCGAGUUGGAUACACCUUCAAAACAUAAACAUUUUAUCCCAUUGCACAAAAUAAUGUCACAGUGGUCGACUGCUGCUGCUGCUACUUCUGAUGGCGAUGAUGAUGCAAAGCAAUCGAUACGAAUAUUCCAGUGCACAUUAACACUCACGAUAUUCUACGACCUGAUUCUAAUAUUCACAUUCAUCCAGUUGUGUGUUGUAGUUUAUUUAGCCAAUCAAUACGAUAUCAACUUAAGACUAAGAUCACCACUAGCUGACUUGCCACGUUAUGCAGCCACACGUAUUCCAUGGAUACCUGGUCAAUAUAAACUGGCAAAUCAAAUCAGUGGAGUUUGGUGGUCAUUAUGCACAGUGUAUAUUCCAGUGACAAUCAUAUUUUGUAAAUACUAUUUGGAUCACAAUGCAAAUAUGUGA